ACUGAUCAUACGAUUUAUAUAGCAGCUAAACAUGUUUCUUUGGUACACAGUUGCAGAUUUUACUCUGUCCGAGACGGUCGUUCGUUUACUAAAGCACACAACAAAGCAACCGCCUUGGAUUUUUGUUUUUUUGUUUACGGUUAACACUCGAUUCUAAUUUUGACGUGCCAAAAGUUCCUGCUACUUUGGAUUAUCCUUCCAAAUAAAAUUAAACAAAAUAAUCAAUUUGUGGAUAUACUAAUUAAGUUUGCCAAAUACAUUUAGCUUUCAAGAUGGAAUUCGUGCACCCAACACCUGAACAACGCGUCACCAUACGCGAGGAAUUGCGUGAACCCGAAAAUGUCGAAGAAGUGGAGCGCGAUCUCAAGAAAAUCCGUGAAUGGCUCGACACCCAGCCCCAUUUGCCCAAGGAUAUGGACGAUGUGCGUUUGACUAACUUUUUCCGUGGCUGCAAAUUCAGCAUGGAAAAGGUGAAAAAGAAGUUGGAUAUGUACUACACCAUGCGUAAUGCCAUACCUGAAUUCUUCAGCGAACGUGACAUUGCUCGCCCCGAAUUGGACAUUGUUUUGGAUUAUGCCCAAAUUACCACCUUGCCCGGUUUGACACCCAAUGGUCGUCGUAUUACUUUCAUUCGUGGCAUUGACUGUGAUUUCCAAUCCAGCCAAGUGAACGAUGCCAUGAAGGUGUCCCUUAUGCUGGGAGAUGUCCGUUUGGCCGAAGAAUGUGUCGGUAUUGCUGGUGAUAUUUUCAUUUUGGAUGCUGCCGUGGCCACCGCCACUCAUUUUGCCAAAUUCUCGCCUACCGCCAUUAAAAAGUUUUUGAUCUGUGUCCAGGAAGCCUAUCCAGUCAAGGUUAAGGAAGUGCAUGUCUUCAACACCUCCCCAUUGGUCGACACCAUCUUCAAGUUUGUCAAGCCAUUCGUUAAGGAGAAGUUGAUUGGCCGUGUCACCUUCCACAAGGACUUGGAGAGUCUCUACAAAAGUGUGCCCAGAGAUCUCUUGCCAAAUGAGUAUGGCGGCAAAGCCGGUAGCAUUGAUGAUUAUAUCAAAAAAUGGAAGACUACAUUGGGCAACUACACCGAAUGGUUCAAAGAACAAGAAGCAAAGAAAGCCAAUGAGUCCCUACGUCCCGGUUCACCCAAGACCUGUGACGAUCUCUUUGGUAUGGAGGGUUCCUUCAGGCAAUUGAACAUCGAUUAGGCCAACCAAAUGACAGGAUUGUGUUAAAGACGUCGCAGCAUUGAUGGCCUAAGGACUUGUCGCCAUAGCUUCUGCGUCUGGUGGUUAUUUUUACACUCACUCAUAUGACACUUAGCAUGAAUCGAUGGUUUUCAUCAUUUCAGUGCCCCUUAGCUGCAUGUCAUUUGAGCUCUGUUAUCUUACGUAUUAUAGCUUAAUUGUGUGUUUAGGUUUUUUUUUUUUUUGUAUUAACAUUAUUUUUUAAUUGAAUCCCUUUACCUUGUUGUUCAAUUCUCAUUCUUUUAUACAUAGACAUAUUCAAAUUUCAUUUAUACCAUCAUUCUUUUUUUUAUAAUUAAAAUAAAAGA